AUGCCCAGUGACCCUGGUGCAUUUGUAUUUGUGUCUGAUACAUUCGGCGGUCUUGACGACACAACCAUCGCAUCCGCGCCAAGUACGAAAUUGGCAACGCCGCUCAUCGAAGUUGGCGAACGACUGGAACAGGUCAACAUUGUGGAUGUCGAACGAUGGCAUGCGGUAAAAAGAGACGGACAGGUGUCGGAGCGUGAAGUCAUGGCAGUCAUGAAGGACACACUCUUGGAAGAGGACCGAUCUCGGAAGCGGCAAAGAGGGACUGAGUGA